AUGGUGUAUUUGUCUUACACAAGAAACGAAAGUAAAGCCUCAGAUCUGCACAGUCUCUCUGAACCGUGGGGUUCAGCCGAGGCCAGAGUCUCUGUGAAUUUGGACGAGUUCACCUGUGCUAUCUGCUUACAUCUGCUGAAAGAUCCUGUCUCUGUUCCCUGUGGACACAGUUUCUGUAUGUCCUGCAUCAACACACAGUGGGAUGGAGAGGCUCACCGCAAAGUUUAUACCUGCUCCAUGUGUAAACAGCAGUUUAGCCCACGACCAGUCCUGGGUCGGAACAUCAUGUUGGCUGGCAUGGUGGAAAAGCUGAAGAAGACAUAUGUUGCUGAAAGAACCCUCACUGGACCUGAAGAUGUGGAGUGUGACAUCUGUGGACAAAAAUAUAAAGCUGUGAAGUCCUGUCUGGUGUGUGUAGCUUCAUACUGCCAAGCUCACUUUGACCUUCACAAUGAGCUGAACCCGAGCAACACGCACAAAGUGACAGACACCAGGUAUAAUGUCAAAGACAGGAUCUGCAGCACACACAACAAGCUUAAAGAUGUUUUAUGUGUCACUGAGGAGAGAGUUGUGUGCUCCGAGUGUGCUUAUUGUUGUAAUCACCAUAACACAAUUAAAUUUGCAAAUGACAGAGAACAACAUCAGCAAGCGAUCCAACAGGUCCAAACAAAGGUUCUCCAGAGAACUCGAGCAGCAGAGAACAGCAUGAAAGAUUUACAGAAAGCAAUAUAGUCAAUCAAGGUCAUUAUAAAUAUAGAGUACAAAACAAUGUUAAAAGUCUAGAGAUGUAAAGACUUGUAGCUCUGUAUCAUGAUUUACUUUGUGCUAAAAUGGAUUUCUCUGCUUAUAAC